GAGGACGACGGAGGGAGUGAUGCUGGAACAAGUUAAAUCUUUCAGCAGUUACUGACGACAUUCCUACUAUUUGUGUAUUUACCUUAAAAGAACAAGUAGAAACCAUAAAUGGAGCUGAGCAAACUUGACCUUUAGGUUUCACUUAAACGCCUUUCCUGUUUGUUGCAGUUGAUACAAUGAACAUAUUUGGCUUCAUAAAAAUUGGAGAAUAUUUCCCAUGUGACCGCAGUGACCCACUCUGGCUGUUUAUAGCCCCUGGAUGGAUAAGAGGGGAAGACUUCAGGCGUUAAUGCAGAGUGCACUUCCUGUUAGAGCCUCGAUCAAUGAAGAUUUUCAAAACCUUUCCAGACCCCCAUAUUUUGCACCAUCUUUCACCAUGAACACUUCACACCUGAAUGAGUCCACCCCGCUGUGCUACUCCAUCAACAGCCCACCCUUCCAGUACCAUCCCACCAUCGCCUCCGCAUACUUCUCCUCCAUCUUCAGCGUUCUUGGACUCACCUCAAACCUUGUAGCCUUCAUUGUUCUUCUUCAAUCCUUCAAGCGAGCCAAAAGCCGCUCACGCUCCUUCUUCCUAGUCUUCCUUGGCGGGUUGGUUGUCACUGAUUUUCUGGGACUUUUAGUAACCGGAUCUAUUGUAGUUUCCUUCCAUGUCACGCAUUUCAACUGGCGCCAGUUGGAUCCCAACUGCCAUUUUUGCAACUUCAUGGGCAUGUCAAUGGUCUUCUAUGGACUGUGUCCUUUGCUUCUUGGUGCAACAAUGGCAAUCGAACGCUUCUCGGGAAUUAACUGUCCGUUUUCAAGAUCUCAAGCCAUGCCCAAAAAAAGAACUGUCAUCAUGGUUUUGGUUGUGUGGAUGAUUGCUGGUUCCAUCUCUUUACUUCCCAUCUUUGGCGUUGGUAGCUACCACAUGCAGAUGCCAGGGUCGUGGUGUUUCAACAUAAGCUCCAUGGGGAAUGAUAAGAUCUUCUCACUGGUCUUCUCCCUGGUUGGACUGACAUGCCUGACCGUGUCAUUUGUGCUGAACACUGUGAGUGUGGUGACCCUCAUCAGAGUCUGCUGUGGACCAGGUGGCACCCAAAGGCGAAGGGACCAUGAGGUGGAGAUGAUGGUGCAGCUUAUUCUCAUAAUGGUCAUAGCCUCAGUCUGCUGGUGCCCACUACUGGUCUUUGUUGCGCAGACUGUACUGUCUGGCAGCCUGCUGCAGAUCAAGUACCUGCUGCUGUGGCUUCGCUUUGCCACGUGGAACCAGAUCCUCGAUCCCUGGGUCUACAUCCUUUUCCGAAGAGCGGUACUUAAGAGGAUCUAUCCCAACUUCCACUGGUCCAGACGUUCCAUUCUGACACUGUACCCGUCUCUGAGCAGCACUAUCCGCCGACUUGCCAGAUCUUCAUCUAGAGACGAGCAGGAGGGAGCAGCCAAAACCAAUGGCUCACAUGCAACAGUUACUCAAAUGAAGACCCUAGAUUCUACACAAGGUUAGGCUGAAUUAUAAUUUAGAAAGGUCUGAAAUGUCUGUAAGUCUUUGUCAUAGCAAUGUUUCAAAAUAAUACACUAUAGUAGGACUGUAUUUGCAUCAGUUACAUGGAUUUAGGAUUAGGAUACUGCAGUUGACAUUUGAAUGAAAAAACAUCACGUGUCAUGUACAUUUGUUCCAGUGCCCUGUAUGACUCAGUGUUGCUAAUGUUUACUUUUCUUUCUUUUUGUAAAAGGGUGCACUUUGUAACAUUUCUGUAGAAGAGGGUCCAUCUUUGCUUAGAAUGUAUGACAUUAAACUUAUGUCUCCAUAGAGAGAAGAAGGUGACACCACUAGGUCAAAAUAGAUCUGUGGAGAGGUGACGUCACUCCCAAUAAGAAUGUAUUUUUAUUAAGGUAUUUUUAAGCAAUAAAUAUACCUACACUGAAAAAAUCCAAGAUAGAUACAUUAAUGCCUUACUGUGGAACAUUCCAGCAAAAGCAACAACAGGUAAAGAAACAAGCAGAUGGCAUACUCUCAGAAAAUACCCCUGAAAAAUGAUAUAGGGCACAUUUGAAGUAUUUAUCAGCUGCUUUACAGUACUUUAUAUGUAUGUAUGUAUAGUAUGACGUUAAUGUAGAGGUUGGAUAUAAUUUGUGGUAUGAUAGCAAGGGUUUGAGUAAGACGUUUUGUCCACUGUCUAGAUAAAAUAAUGUGAGAAGUACCUCAUUUUGAACUUUAAAGCAGUUUAUGUAUUUUGUAUAAAUGCUACUUCAAUCAGGCAAAGGCUCAAAGUGUAAAAUACUCUUAAUAGACCACCAUAUUUUCUUUACUGACAUCCAGUUCAUGAACAGAAAUCAGAUUUUAUUUGAAAGCAUGCUAUUUGUAUUUAUCAUCAUACAGCAACUUAUUGUCAGAUGUUUUGACUUUUAGCCUUCUGUCUGUGGACCGUAGUUACAGCACAUUGUGAAUAAAGUCCUUAAAUGAAUCA